UGUUACAGUACACCCAGUCUCGGGAGGUUUGGAUUUGCGUGAGUGGGGCUGGAUCUCGCUCAGUGCGGUGAACGAGCUCGGCAGAGCGGCUGUGCGGAAGUUCUUUCAUCCGUGCUGCAGAAGGGGCUUGCUUCGCCCUCGCGAUUAUUCUCGUCACAAGUUUAUGGUUGGAUAAAAGCGGUUCAGGUGGAACUUCUGGACAGUACACCCCAACUUGAGUUUUACUACAUCCACAGUCUGCUCCAUUUAUUGUCGGGUGAUGGCGAGGCCGAGCCACAGCGAGCAUGUGCUGCAGCAGCUCAACAACCAACGGGAGUGGGGCUUCCUGUGCGACUGCUGUAUUGCCAUUGGCGACAUCUACUUCAGGGCCCACAAGGCAGUGCUGGCUGCAUGCAGCUCUUACUUCCGCAUGAUGUUCAUCCGGGACCAGCAGGGGACAGCUCGCAUGGAUCUCAGCAACAUGCAGAUCAGUGCAGAGUGCUUCGACCUCAUCCUGCAGCUCAUGUACCUUGGCUGCAUCGUGGUGGGCAGCUACGAGUUUGAGGAGCUCAAGGUCUCAAUGGCCUACCUGCAGAUGUACUACAUCCCAGACACCCUGGAGGACCUCAGGGACAUCAGGAACACCUCCAACCUCACACCGUCCUCCUCGGCCUCCUCCUCUUCCUCCACCACCUCAUCCAGCUCCUCCUCCUCCAUUGGCCCGGCAAUUGCAGGAAAAAUGAUGUUUGGAGUCCGCAUGUACGAGCAGCAGAAGCCAAGCACCCCAGAGGGGGAGCCCAAAAGUUUGCCCAAAGUUGCCAUCACUGCUGUGCCUGUGCGACCAAACAUUCCUGUCCAAGUCAACAGGCCUCCACUUGUGGUGGAGGAUGUGGCUUCCCCUUUGGUAGUAGUUGCACCACCGUUUCUAGACAGUGUGGCUGAGCAGCCUUGUGACCUGCGCAAGAGGCCCGGUGGCCGGAGUGCCACCCUGAAAGAGCGCCCCCGCUUCGGGCGCACAUACACCUGCGACGACUGUGGCUUUGUCUUUAGCUGUGAGAAGUUGCUGAUCGAGCACAUCCUCACCUGCACCAAUCGUAAGGCCUUUCAGGUCCCCAGGACCAGCUCCGAGGCAGACAACGACUCCAGCAAGGUGGAGAGCUCGGCCUCUGAGGGGAUGGAGGAGCACAGGGUGGUCUGCAAGGGUGAAGAGGAUUGGCCGGACCACAAGUCAGACGCUGACACAGUGAUCAGGUCCAUGACAGUUGGUACGGAUAACGAGCCUGGUUCUGCUAGGAAUAUCACCAUCAAGGUGGAGCUGGAAGAAAGCGUGGUGUCCGAGAUGGAUGGCAUUAAGGUAGUUCAGGUGGGAGAGAUCAGUGCGAGGCACGGUGCACUCAGCGACACUAUGAGGGAACCGAUUAAAUUUAACCGGGAGGCCGAGGCUUGUGUUUCAGUCAUGGACGACAGCAACGAGCCAUUCGAGGGGCACAUGUCCAGCAACAAGGAUUCUGGCAUACCUGUUAAGAUGCGCAAGAUUAAAGAGGAGAAGCAGGACGGGGACAGUGCACCGUGUGAGCUGUGCGGGGAACUGCUCACAAAGGAGGACCAGUCAGCUCACUACAUCUCCAGCCACAUGGGCCACAUCUGUGCCUGCGGGAGGUGUGGCCAGGUCCUAAUCAAGGGGAGGCAACUGCAGGAGCACGCUGAGCGUUGUGGUGAACCUCAGGGUGCGGACACCGACUCCCACGGGGAGGAGGCAGACUCGCCCCUGCCCGAGGACCCGCAGGCCAUGGACGAUGGGCUGCUGGAGGGGGGUGACCUGGCCUGCCCCCAGUGUGGCUUGCUUUUCCAGAGUGAGAGCCUAGCAUUGGAGCAUGCUCUGGCCUGCCACGAGCAGGAGCUGUUCCGCCCCGCUCUGCUGGAGGAUGGCGGCGUCGAACCGGACCACCGGCGCAAGCACUUCUGCGCCAUCUGUGGCAAGGGCUUCUACCAGCGCUGCCACCUGCGGGAGCACUACACCGUCCACACCAAGGAGAAGCAGUUCACCUGCCAGACGUGCGGCAAGCAGUUCCUGCGUGAGCGGCAGCUUCGGCUGCACACCGACAUGCACAAGGGCAUGGCGCGCUACGUCUGCCCCGUGUGCGACCAGGGAACCUUCCUCAAACACGACCAUGUGCGCCACAUGAUCUCGCACCUGUCGGCCGGCGAGACCAUCUGCCAGGUGUGCUUCCAGAUCUUUCCCAGCGGAGAGCACCUGGAAAAGCACAUGGACGUGCACCUGUACAUCUGUGGCGUCUGCGGGGAGAAGUUUCGCCUUCGCAAGGACAUGCGGAGCCACUACAACUCCAAGCACACCAAAAGACUGUGUCCUGCCUGAAUUUUAUGCAUCUAUUACUUAAAGCCAUAAAUGUGAGAACAAAUUUAUGCACUUGAACACCAAAAAAAGAAAACCUAUAAAAUCUGCACUUUCAAAUUUGUAUGAAUAAUCAAAGUGUGUUAUUGCCUCAAAUUUUGGCCAUUUUGUCAUUAGUUUCACACCCCUGUACUAAACACACAUUACUGCCAUUUGUUGACAGUGCCACAGUACACAAAUCCUUGGCUCAUCUUUUAAGGCUUUUGGAAUCUGGUGUUUCUCAGCAAACAGCCUAUGCAAUACACAGUUCAUGGAAUGAAGUGGAUUCAACUUAAGUUCCUUGCAAAGAGGUGUGUUUUGAUUGUAAUAUGAAUCCACACUUCAAUAUAGUCUUUGUGAGUAGUUACUGUACAUAGCACUUGUGCAUUUACAAUGAAGAAUGGCCUUGCCUUUGCUUUGGCGGUGCCGUGCUCUUGCUUUACAGGUGUGCAUGAGAGUGGCAUUGCAUUCUGAACACUGUCUGCCAGUCUUUGCAACACUCACUUCUUUGUCAUUUCAAUGUAAAGCAUUAGGGACAUGGACAAGCACAACUGAAUAUCUCAACAAAUUGACUUAUCUGGCUCCUUGUAUUUUAAAAUGAUGCUACGAAAUGGAAAGAGAGGCAUCGUUUGUUUAGCCCAAUCAUAACAUAGGCUGCAUCACGGUUUUCCAAAAUUCUGUUUCAGACAGGCUCAGAAAUUCCUGUCUUUAAAGGCCCAGUGCAGUCAAAAACGUGAUUUCCCUGUGUUUUAUAUAUAUUGCCACACUAUGAGGUUGGAAUAAUACUGUGAAAUUGUGAAAAUUAUUAUAUAAUGCCCUUUUAAUGUAAGAGCCCACAGGGACCCGCACAAAAAAGUACAAAAAUGUAUGCACUCACUACUGUAAGUCGCUCUGGUUAAGAGCGUCUGCUAAAUGACUAAAAUGUAAAAGACUGGUUUUGGUGGGGUGGAGUUUUGGCCUGCCGGGUGUCAUCACCAGGUGGUAAAUUAGUUAAUAGACCAAUAACAAAGAGUUCCAAACCUCUGCCAAUAACAGCUAGUUUUCAGUUUUCCCUCCGCACUCAGACCACUCCCAGAUAGUCCUAGCAAAUUUCUUGCUUGAGAAAUUCCUCUUUGCUAAGAAGCUAUUUUUGUUUAUUUUUGACCAUUUUAAUUGAAAAUAAUCACAGUAAGGUACUUAAUUGUUACCCAGAAAUGAUUUGAUAUUGAGAUAAAAAAAAACAGCUGCAUUGGACCUUUAAACCCCAAAUGAUAGUUUUGAAAGGUAGAUUUAUUUUCUACCAGAGUUGAUACACAUGACUACAACUCAUAUCAGAUAUGAACACUUUUUUUUCUUCAUGAAAGUUGCUUUUUAAGUGGAAAGUUCAAUAGCUGUGAGAACUUCAGAUUGUAAAUAGGACACAAAAAAACACUAGAAUGCUUUACUCUUGACAACGGUUAUCACCUAAUUCCAUAUGAAAUCUUUCAUGCCACCAAGGCAAGAUCAUGCACUCGCUCUUUUGCUUAAUCAAUUAUUUCACCUGUUUACUAUGCAAUGUUGGGCUAUUCGCUUUUCAAACAGACUUCAAUUCAAAGGAUUUCUAUUGUUGUUAUACAGUAAUUACUUUUAUCACUGUGUGAGAAAACAGUUAUGAUGUCUACAUUGAUUCUUAUUCAGUUUUCCUGGUAAGGUAGGAGUAUUGUAUAUUACCUAUACAAUUAGCAACAUAACUUCGACCCAGUGACUAUAGGACAGUAAUUUGGCUUUAUAGACAAUCAAAAAUUGUAAUAUUUCAUUUUUUGCAUACUGUACACAGACUAAAACCAUGUCUGAAUCCACUCUUGGGAACUUUAAUUUGCUAAUCGAUGACUUCAUUCGUGUUACAUUUGCUUUCUCUUCAGCUUGGAUAGAUUUAGUCGGAAGCUUCCUUUAACAUUUUCUGUUGUUUGAACUUUUGUUUGAUUGCAUUACACAGCCAAUAUUAAGCUUUGUCCUACAUUGGUAGUGUUAUAUUGCGGGGAGUUACUUGAGCAGUAUGGCUCCUGCAUGUUGGACAAUGUCACACGUGUUGCUAUUGUGAAAUGCUAAUCCUUUUGUUUGUUGCACUGCAGAGAGAACAUACUCCUUUCAAACAUCUUGAAACGACAUGCAGUAGUGUGGAAGCUGGUAAAGCCUCUUAAAGUAGCUAUCCGGUGUUUCCAAAUUUCUAUGAAAUAUGAUCUAUAAUUACUUACUAUAGCUAGGUUUCCAUCUAAUGGUGACAGAUUUCCAUGUGAAUAUUCUAAAAAAAUUGCAUAAAAAUAAAAUGCAAAUUUUUCCACCAGAGAUGUUGCAGAUUAAAGGCUUUGCGCGUAAAAAAUAGCUUUUACGGUUAAAUUCCCAUGUACCGACAACAAAAAAUACAAGUUAAAUGGGUUUCCAUCACAUUCAACUAUUUUUAUGGUUUUCUCACCCCCAAAAAAUGUCAUUAUGUUCCCAGUCCGGCAUUGGCAGUGCGCUCCAGCCAACAGUGCACAGAUACAGUACUGUUGGCUAGAGCGCACUUAUAGCCUACAUCAGGGAUCAUCAUCUAGAUUCAGCCGUGGACUGAUUCUUUCUUUCCUUUUCUUGAGUGGAUGGUCAGGUGGCCAGAACAUAAUUACAAAUAAUUUGUCAACUGCAAAUUGACCUCAAGAAGCCAAAACUAUAUAAUAUUGAACUAAAACAGAAUAAUUUCAAACCUUGCUUACCUUUGUAUACGAUCACAUACUGUAUAUCUCUCGAUUUACAAAUCUAAAAUCACUUGGAGCUGAUUUGCUGGUGUUUGUACAGUCUUUUUUGACCAACAAUAACAUUUAAAAUAAUAUAUAUAUAUACAAAUUUUCACAGAAAACUUGGGUCAAAUUUGUCCCCCAGGCUGCCAGUUGGGGAACCCUAGCCUACAUGAUGACAUUAUUAUUAAAAGCGUUUCCACUGACAUUUCUCACAUAAUACAUUUUACAGACACAAAAAAAGAUCCCACCUUGUCUAGUGUAUUUUGUUUUGUCGACAUUUGGAAAGUUAACCGAAAACCUUUCAGUUUCCAUCAGGCCUGUCAUUUAAUAUCUGACAUAUACUUUACUCGCAUAAAAAAGGUUAGUUGGAAACCUGGUUAAUAUUCUUGAAAAAAAAAAAAAGAAUAAAAAAGUUAAAAAGCAGCUUUUCUGUGUUUGAAUGGUCGAUAAAAAUAUCCGUGACAAGUAAACAGAUGAUUGGCCAGCUCAGCCAAUGAGUCAGUGGACGGCUUCGAUUAUACUGACCAGCCGGGUACCUGGCAAAGGCACAUUCUAUCAUCGGGCGAAAGAGGGGAGGGAAGAGCGUCCUUCUCAAACGGAAACGUAAUCUAAGUCGCUCGGUCAUUUCAACAAGGCAGCAUGGUGCAUCGUCCAGAAACAUACAUAUAUAUUCCAUAAAACAAAUGUUAGAAUUUGCUCAUUUUCAUUGGGAAGGCAGAUAAAGCUCAAAAGCAAUCACUUUUGCAUUUGAAAAAAAAGCAAUCACUUUCGCAUUUGAAAACACAGAGUCCUACUCAUUACUCCACGUGCUCCUACGUCACACCUAGCUCAUGCCUGAAGGCAGCCCAGUUUCAAAAUGAAUGCAAUCAACUUUCACCCGGUGCAAAACAUGCCUACAUGGGCAAAAAUCAAACCCCUCAUUGAGACGCCUUGGCCAAAAACGUUGGCCACAAAUACAAAUAUAGAAUGAGUCAACAACAUUAUUUGGGUAUGAGUUAACAAUUAUUUUAAGCCAUCAUAAUGUAGGCCUACAACAUGACCAUGUACAGAUGUAGGAUCUUAAUUUGAUCACUCUUUUGUUGCUGAGAAUAUUCCUGAAUUGUAAAUGUACUGAAAACCCACACUAACACAUAUUAACAGAAAUUGAAUUUUCAUGUAGCCUACUUUUGACCAGCUAAUAGCCUAACCACAUAUCAAGAAACAUUGUGCUAAAAUACUUUAGCUGCAGGAUUAUUUUUGCUAUAUAGGUCAAAUUUAAGAUCCUACAUCUGUAUGGAGGUUGUAUUUUAGUAACCUAAACCGGAGUGACAUCCCUUCAGGGGGUAAAUUAAGAAUGAUUAAUGAGCAAGCUCAUUUCUGUAUAUGAUCUACUACUCAGGGCCCUAUCCAAUCAAAAGCAAGGUAAAACAAAUUGAAAUUAUCCUUUUUUUUAUUCUUCAGACAAUAACUGUACCUUGGUUGUGAGGAACAAGAAAAUAACAUGGUUGUUAGGGAGAAAAAUGUUUUUCUUUCAUUAAGUAUAUUAGAGUGAGAUGAGUUUGAAAACCAAACCGGUGUUAAACAAAAGCAUAAGUCAUUUGUCAUUUCUGUGUUUUUACUGCUGCAAUUGAAAUUUGUUAUUGCUUUUUAGAACUGUUAAAGUAAUGCAAAAUUGGUACGAAAAUGUGUUGGUAUGCAUACAAUCUGGUAACUCAUGUCACCUCAAGUGAGGCUUUUAUAGAGUUAACCCGCUUGGGAGAGAUUGUAAGGAGUCUACCUUGGCAAGGGUUGUAGUAUUUUAUAUUUCAUGAAGGAAAAAUAUACAAAGGCUGUUUACACAGGAAGACUAAUUCAGAUUUUAUAUUUUGACAAAUCAGAUGAGCUCUUUUGCCAAUAAUUGGGCAAAAGACCAGAAUUGGGUCACCUGUGUAAACACAGUCAUAGAGCUAUGUUCAUUUGCAUUGCAAAUCGUAUAUGAUGAGUGAUUUUGCUUUAACUACACACAGCCAAACUAGGACUAGCUCCUAUGGUCUGCACCUGACAUCAAUCCAAUAUAUUUAUCGGAGGGAGCACUGAUUUGUUCUCUAAUCCACACACAGGGCAGAAAACAAAGGCUGCAUUUACACAUGCCGCCAAAUCUUUUCACCCUAUAAUUGGUCUCUUGACCAAUCAAAACAGCUCUUUUGCCAAUAAUUGGGCAUAGAUCAGAAUUGGGUUGCUUGUGUAAAUGCAACCAUAGAGCCAUGUUCAUUUGCAUUGUAAAUUAUAUAUGAUGAGUGGUUUUGCUGUAACUACAGUGUCGAUAUGAGACAUUUUUAGGAUAAACAACAGUUGGUCAUUAUACAGCAAUUGAUUGCAUGAAAUGAAAAAUUAAAUAAACAAGAUUGAUAAUAAAGAUGUUCACCAACCAA